GACUGUUUGGUUUGGUGUACUACGACAUGGUUGUACUGCCGCCGUGUACGCCCGAUUUGUGCGGGAAGGAUUUCAGGCAUUCUUUGAAGAAAUCUAGCCCGAAUUAUCCAUAUGGGAACAAGACUCGGAAACCGCGGAUUGUUCCCGCGUUUACAAUCCAAGCUAUGCAACGAAACACCAAGGUGUUGCCUCCUCCGAGAAGUGGGGUGUUCAACCCUUUGCCAGUUAAACCGACCAUGUUCAGGAAAUGUUAUCAACGUGGGGAGUUCCCUAUAUCCAUUGAAUUCACUAGCGCUGGGAAGAAACUGGCUUGGAGGGUCCCUAUAGAAAAAUUGGAUUUUCAUCAUUAUUUACCAAUGUUUUUUGACGGGCUGGCCGAGGGAGCGUAUCCGUUCAAUUUCAUCGUGGAGCAAGGCAUACAUGACCUGGUCACCAAGGGUGGCUACAAAAUACUCCCGGUUGUUCCGCAACUUAUCAUUCCGAUCAAAAAUGCCCUCGCGACUAAACGCCCGUCGGUGCUCUGUCAUGCCCUGAAAUGCAUACAGAUGUUGGUGUCUGGAUGUGACAAGGUCGGCGAGGCUCUUGUGCCCUACUACAGGCAGAUAUUACCAACACUCAACCUUUUCAAAGAUAAGAACCGUAAUAUAGGAUCGGGUAUAGAUCACACGACAACCAGAGGUGAGAAUGUAGCUGACCUCAUAGAGGACACACUCCAAAUUCUUGAACGUCACGGCGGGCCGGACGCUUUCAUCAACAUAAAGUAUAUGGUACCUACAUAUGAAUCUUGUGUGCUGAACUAAAAUGUUGUAAUGCAUAAUUGGGUGUUUGCAAAAUUUUCGUCGAAGUUAGAUACGUUACAGUAUUAUAUUAUCUUAAUUUUGUAGUCAAACGCA